CCCGACUGGAAACAACACACAGAGGGUCCAGGUCCAGGUCCAAGUCCAAAACCGGCUCCUUCAGGAACUUGAUCCCGACCAACAGCUGCAGGACCCGGUUCCCGGUUGCGGUCCGACGGGGUUCUUUUCGCCGUUGGACUGUUGAGCGGAGAUCUUCAGGAUGUUGACGUUGACUCUGUUGUUCUGGACUCUUCAGUUGGUCAGAGGCAUCAGGACGGAUGCUGAGGACUCCACCUACCAGGACAGACACACCCACGAUGAGGUUUCCAUGACAACCAGGCCUCACAUCUACUACUGCCGCUCACCCAACAUGGAGGACUUCACCUGCUGGUGGCAUCCGCUGGACAACCUGACGGACGGACAGGAAGUGGACGAACAGGAAGUGUCCUACGUCCUGACUUACUCCAAAGAUAAAGGACCUAAACUCUUGUGUCCAGACUAUGUGAGCGCCGGCCCCAACAGCUGCCACUUCGACAGAAGCCACACCUCCAUCUGGAAGAUCUACUGCAUGAACGUCACCGCUGUCACCGCCCACAGGAACUACACGUCCAAUGAACACUGUCUGGAUGUGGCUGAGAUAGUUCAGACCGAAGCUCCGGUCAACCUGACCUACCUGCUGUCGGAUGCCGGCGGUGAUGAAAUGGGCCACAACGCCCUGUUGUCGUGGGCGUACCCGGUUCCGUCGGACCUGCAGUAUGGUUGGAUCACUCUGGUGUACGAGCUGCAGUACCGACGCGUCAACGAGCCCGACAACUGGAAGGUCAAACAUCCCGUCCGUGAGCCUCAUGUGGAGUUGCUGGGCCUCCCCGUCGGGGACUACGUGGUCCGGGUUCGUUGCCGAUCACACAAUUACGGCCUGUGGAGUAAGUGGAGCUCUACGCUGCUCAUGAGCAUCCCCGUCAGGCCACCCACAGGUAAAGUCCUGGUUCUGAUUCUGGUGACGGGUGUCGGCGUCGUUGCUCUGCUCGCCAUCGCCUUCGGGAUCUUUCAGCAGAGCAAGAGAAUCAAAGAGUAUUUUCUGCCUCCCAUUCCAAAGCCCAGGAUCAUUGGCAUUGACCCGCUGCUCCUGAAGAAAGGAAACUUAGAUGAAAUCAACCGUCACUUCAGUGACUUCCAUGGUUAUCGACCUCCUGUCUACGCUGAGGAGCUGUGGGAUCAGGUCAGCGCUGACCACCUUUAUCUGUCCACCUUGGACGAGUGCGCCAUGGCGUGCAGUCCCGCAGACACAGAGAAGGACGCUCUGAUUGUCCCGUGUGACUUGUCGCCGUUGGCCGCCCGUCGUCAUCUUGCCGCCACCAACCCGACUCCAUACGUUCAGAGUCCGUCGCCGUACGGCCCCCCACCUUCACGGUCCUUCGCCCCGGUCGCAUCCACAUGGCCAAGGCCAGAGAUCGUGUCGCUGCCAGGGACGGACUACAGCAUGAUGGGUCGCCCCGGCAUCACUACCACACCCCCGGAUGCCGCUGCCAUGCCCGCCAACCACUCGCCGCAUGAUUUCUACACUUGCGUCCAGCUGAUGAACGACAGCGGUGAGGUGCACCUGGUGCCGUGCCUGCCGCCGGCAUACUGCAGAGAGUUAGCGCCUCCGUUCUAUCACAGAAACGAGAAAGAAGAGAAGAAGAGGCAGCUGGCUGAAUACAAGAACAACCAGAGAAACAGUGUGGAAACGGAGCGGAGCGAGGCUGCCGUCCCUCUGCUGCCGGAGGACAGGAACUGAAGAUGCACCUGCUCCAGAGGACCGGAACUAAGGACGCACCUGCUCUGGAGCAUCCAAUACUGGACUAAAGACUCCAACACUGGACUACAGACUCCAACACUGAACACUAAACAUUAAAGACACUAAAGACUCUGGUCCUGUUUACUCCACUCUGCUGUCCAAGGUUCAAAGAAGAAGAGCAUCAGCCUACAAAAGGUUGGCCUCUGAAGGACCGGCUUCAUGAUGGAAAACCACCCAAGCCUAGGGUUAACCUAAACCCUAGGGUUAACCCUAACCAUAAACCCCUAGGGUUUACCCUAACCAUAAACCCCUAGGGUUAACCCUAACCAUAAACCCCUAGGGUUUACCCUAACCAUAAACCCUAGGGUUAACCUGAAAUCUACACCCUAGGGUUAACCCAAACCCUACAACCUAGGGUUAACCCUAACCCUAAUCCCUAGGAUUAACCCUCACCCUAACCUUAACCAUAAACCCUUGGGUUAGGGUUAACCCUAACCCAGGGGUUAACUCUAACCCUAACCCUAAGCUGGGCCACAGUAAAGGCAGAAACGCUGUCCCUGCGGUCCCACGGGGUUCCACCCAGAAACUCGUCUGAGAUGUUUCAGACUUCUGUAAAUUGGAUCUAAUUUUAUUCAGACUUCUGUCUGUUGGAUAUAAUCUUUUGGACAUCAGAAUAUUCUCCACUUAAAGCUGCCACAGCCUGAAUCUCCAAACGGACCAUUCCCACGUGCUGCUCCUCCCACUGGGUUUCUCCACAUUCAGGGUUUUCAGACGCUCUCAGGAAAAAUGAAUAAGUGCAAUGGUCCAGAUGAGAGCUUUUUACAUUCCUGCUGAUGGAUGUACAUGAGUAAACCCUAACCCUAACCCUUGACUUCAGACAGAUCAUAUUCUUUCAGAAGUUCGCAGAUGCUACAGUAUUAUCCAGACUUCAGACCUCAGGUUCAAACUCAUCAUAUGCAAACGUUGUUCACAUGAAAAUCUCAAAACCUGCUUCUACAAAGAGCAGAUUAUGCAAAUGCUACGAUAGAGGAGAUUCGAAUAAAGGUAGACAUUAGAAAGAAAUGAGAGUGAAUGGAUGGAAGAUAGAAAAGUCCUUUAUUGUACAUGAGAACUGCAGUCGGUCUGUUUUGUAAAUAAUGGAUGGUUUAUCGGCACUCACAUGGGUUGAUUAUAACUCAGAUAUGUUUUUUAAAAUGCUGGUCAUUUACAGGAUCAUAUAUAUAUAUAUAUA